AAUUAACCUUAUAAACUCAGAUGAGAUCGAAACCCGACGGUUUUGGCCCGUUUGCCAUAACUAAUUAGAAACGUUAGUUGUUUUUUUUUUUUUUUUAAUUUAAAACCAGUUUCAUUACACUCACAGAACUGUGAUUUUCUGCCCUAUCUUAAAGUGAUACAGACCUAUCAUAGAUUAAAAUCACUAUGUUGUCUCUCCGAAAACACUCACUCUCAUAUACCCAAACGGCACGGUUUGCUUCUUGUUCAUCUCCCUUUCGGCCUCCGUCUUCCCUUCGAUUCCUUCUCAAAGACGAUGGUAAAGGUUCAGAAAUCCAAAAGACAAAAACUCAGCAAUAAAAAAAUUAAAAAAACCCUCAUGAAGAUAAAAGACAAAUCCAAUCGUUCUGAAACACCCCAAAAUCCAAUUGUCUCCGAACCGGAACCGGAACCCGAACCCGGAUCCUCCGAUUCCGACUUUGAUACGGAAAAUCUUCCCGAGCUCUUGGAAACCUACACGAGAGACCAGCUCAUCAAUCUAAUAUCCGAGGCCGCUCGCGAGAACUCUUCGUUCCUCUCCUUCGUCUGCCGCCACGCCGAUCGCGACACCUCCCACAGGAAAUUGUUUGUCCAUGGCCUCGCGUGGGAGACCACGCGCGAAUCCCUCGCGUCGGCCUUCGAACGUUUCGGUGAGAUCGAGGAUUGCAACGUCAUCGUCGAGAAAGCCACCGGAAAAUGCAAAGGUUAUGGAUUUGUUCUAUUCAAGAAGCGAAUAUCGGCUUCCAAGGCGUUGAAAGAUCCGAAAAAGAAAAUUCAUAACCGGAUGACGUCAUGCCAGCUGGCUUCCGUGGGCUCUACCUCGGCUGCGAAGGAUUCGGAUCAAACGCACCCGAAAAAACUGGCUGAUGUGAAGAGCAUAAACGCGGUGGAGCCAGGUGUAUUGUUUCCACCUCAGCCGCAACAGCAGUCGCAGGUGUUGGCUGCGUUGGCAGCGACGCAGAAUUUCCCAUUGUUGGGCCAUACUAAUCCGAUUUAUGGGAGUUUAUUAGGGAGCCAAAUUAAUCCGGUGACGACUGCGGGGGCUACGAGCAAGAUGGCGGUUACGGCUGUGCCAACAGUGCCGACGAGCCAUGUGGGUGUAGUGGGCGGAGGGUUUGGGAGGGCAAAUUCGUCAUUGCGAGGUCAUUACGGGACAGGUCAAGGGCUGCAAAGUUUAUAUCCAAAUAUGCAAAUUGGGCAGCAGUCAGGGGCAGGGAGAGGUCAAGGGACUUCUACGAACAGGGCCUAUUCUGGGUAUCCAUCAUACAUUUGAUGAUUUGCAGCUGAGUUUCAAGAUGUUCAUGCACUUUUCGGAAAUGUUUCAUGGUCAUUUGCUAUGGAAAAAUUUGAAGUUUGACCAUGUUUCUUAUGGUUUAGAUUUUAAAUUUUUGCUGAGCUCAAAUGGAACUUGGUGGACCAAGACCAUUGCUCUUCUUAUCUUCUUCUUCUCUUUUUUUUUUUUUUUGUUUACCUUCCCUUCUAUCUUCUCCUUCUUCACUAUCUUAAACAUAAAAGUUUGUAAGCAAUGGCAACUUUCAGAUUUCCUUUGUUAAAUUUUAUUUUCUUUAUUUCCCUGGCAUUAUGGUUUUGCUUUGAAUUUUGAAUUUCCUUUUAUUAUGUCUAGUUUUUUUUUCUCCCAUCAUUUACUAUCUAGAGAUCUGGGGUAGUAAGAUGAUGAAUGUGAUUAAUAUAUUUACUUUGAGAUAUUCGAUACUUUGGUUUAAUGAUUACAUUUACUAUGGUUUUAUACACAAGUGGACAAGUCUCCUUGAAAGUCAUUGUUCUGCUCAUAAAAACGAUCUCCUUGUGUCUAAUUUAAAUAUUUUUAAGGCUUUCUUUUAUUCUAAUUAGGUAUAGUCUUUUUUUCUGUUUUCUUUCCUGCAUUUAUGAAUGAUUCAUUGUUGAAUUAUAAUAAUACUCUACAAACAGCAUAGAACCAAUAUUUAAUAUGAAAAAAUCAGUUAUAAGAGAGCCCUGGGGUCUUUUUUUUUAUUUUUGCUAUCGACUGGAUUUAAGUUACCAGUUGUAGUUUUGCAACUCAAAUAUGUUUGUCUUGUUUGGAUUGUCGUUUUUUAAGUGGUUUCCCCUUUGAUCUUGCUUUUGGCAUUAUGUUUUUCUUUUUCUUUUCUUACCA